AUGUUGAUUGGAAGAUGCAUGAACCCGGAGGAGCAGGAAAUGAAGGCGUUGAUCACGAAUAUCCCAAAGAUCUGGAAGUUGGAAGAUCGUGUUGUCGGCACAGAACUGGGACAUGGAAUGUUUCAGUUCGUCUUUGAAAAGGUGGAAGACAUUGAUGGGGUCUUGAAGCUGCAACCGUUUCAUUUUGAUUAUUGGAUGCUCUCUCUGGCAAGAUGGCAACCAAAGAGGUCUCAAAACUUACCGUCGGAGAUACCGUUUUGGAUUCGGGUUUUGGGCAUUCCUUCGGAGUUUAGAACGGCUCCUACCUACGAAAGUAUCGGGGAUACUAUUGGAAGAACGGUGGCAGUUGAUGUGGAACAGGGCUGA